CGGGGUUUUCUAGACAGCGCUGCAGUGAGCAGUGAGCACUGAGCAGGGUAACGCGAGGACGGUUUUGAGCUCUGUGGAGGAUCCGCCCACCCCAACAUUGCACACUGAACGGCCAGCUGAUAUGACGUCCCGCAGGUGGUUUCAUCCUAAUAUAAAUGGGCUUGAAGCAGAGAAUCUUCUCUUAACACAUGGAGGACAUGGAAGUUUUCUGGCACGUCCGAGCAAGAGUAACCCAGGAGACUUCACCCUCUCUGUUAGGAGGCACGAAGAAGUGACACACAUUAAGAUCCAGAACACUGGAGACUUUUAUGACCUGUACGGCGCGGAAACGUUUGCAACGCUAGCAGGAGGCUGGUUGCAGUAUUACACCGAACAACAGGGGCUCCUGCGGGAAAAGAAUGGAGAUGUGAUCGAGCUGAGAUACCCUCUGAAUAGCCAGGACCCGACCUCUGAGAGAUGGUACCAUGGACACCUGUCUGGUCGAGAAGCUGAGAAACUUCUCAUGGAAAAAGGGAAACCUGGCAGCUUUUUGGUACGAGAGAGCCAAAGCAAGCCGGGAGACUUUGUGCUGUCUGUUCUAACAAGCGAGGAGAAGCUGGAGAACGGAGAACGGAAAUCGCGCGUCACCCACGUGAUGAUCCGGUACCAGCCAGAUGGAAAAUACGACGUUGGAGGAGGGGAGAGGUUUGAUACACUGAGCGAUUUACUAGAGCACUACAAGAAGAACCCAAUGGUAGAGAAGUCUGGCGCUGUGGUGCACCUUAAACAGCCAUUCAAUGCCACAAGAAUCAAUGCAGCCAACAUUGAAACACGUGUCCGGGAGCUGAACAAAAUGGCGGAUAACACUGAGAAGGCCAAGCAAGGAUUCUGGGAAGAAUUUGAGAUGCUACAGCAACAAGAAUGUAAAUUGUUGUAUCCCAGGAAGGAGGGACAACGACCAGAAAAUAAAAGCAAGAACAGAUACAAGAAUAUCCUACCUUUUGAUACAACAAGAGUGGCCUUGCUACAUGCUGAUGAGAGUGUUCCUGGAUCAGAUUACAUCAAUGCAAACUACAUCAAGAGUUCCUUUGACGAUUCACGAGGAUCUCAGCCAUGUAAAGUGUAUAUUGCUACACAGGGGUGUCUGCAGAAUACAGUGUGUGACUUCUGGGCCAUGGUGUACCAGGAAAACACGCAUGUCAUUGUCAUGACUACCAAAGAGAUGGAACGAUCAAGGAAGAAAUGUUUUCGCUAUUGGCCAGAGGAGAAUUGUUCCAAAGACUACGACUGCAUCAGAGUGCGGAGUUUGCAUGUGCACCAGGAGAAGGACUACAUCUUGCGGGAACUGCAGAUGACCCGUACAGACAGGGAGGAGCCUCCGCGUCACAUUUGGCAUUACCAGUACCUCAGCUGGCCAGACCACGGGGUUCCUAACGAACCUGGGGGAGUACUAAGCUUUCUAGAGCAAAUAAACUCUGCACAGCAAUGUAUUGCACUGCCUGGCCCUAUUAUUGUACAUUGCAGUGCAGGUAUUGGAAGAACGGGGACAAUAAUAGUUAUAGAUAUACUGGUCGGUGUUAUUAAUAGACAAGGUUUGGACUGUGACAUUGAUGUCCCCAAAACCAUUCAAAUGGUGAGGCAGCAGCGUUCUGGCAUGGUGCAAACAGAGGCACAGUAUAAAUUUAUUUACAUGGCUGUUCAGAAAUAUAUAGAGUCCAGAAAGAAAUAUCUAGAAGAUGAACAGAGAAGCAAGAAGAUUGAUCGGGAUUACACCAACAUUCAAUAUCCAUUGGGAGAGAAAAUAAAAGCUAAAUCACCAUCAACCACAGUCCAAAGUCAGCCUAGAGUUGAUGAUUCCGCCUGUGUCUAUGAAAACCUGAAUAUUAGAAGCACACAUAUGUCAAGUACAAGUAAUGCUGGCAGAUAAACCUCAUCAGCGAUCGAGAUGCGCAGAUACAAAUGAGACACAACCUUUUGUCUCUGUUUCUCGGCCAUGGCUGUCUGGAGUUGCCCCCUGUAUUGCAGCUUACCCUUGCCUUGCCCCCCCGAGUCAGCUCCAAAAUGGAGGCACCCAAAUGGAAAAGCAGAGAUGGAGAUGCUGUGAGGGAGAGCACACCUACCGUAACUUAUUACUGAAGAACAAUCUUUAUUUGCCUCGGCAAAAUAUUUAUUUAAGUGCCUCAGAAAGUCCACUGAGUUUUAAAUAUUUUUAAUUACUUUUUUUUCUGUUUUAUUCUUUGUUUUGUAAAAAUGUAUAAUAAAUUCUUUGGUCUAUGACUUUAAAAAAAAUAAAGACUUUUGUUUAUUAUUUUCA